AUGUAUAACAAGGCUCGUACUUUCUUUGUCGGCGGUAACUUCAAAAUGAACGGUUCUCUUGAAUCCGUUAAGUCCAUUGUGGACAGACUCAAUGAAUCAAAGCUCGCAGCUUCUACUGAAGUGGUCAUUGCCCCUCCUGCCCCAUACUUGUACUGGGCCGCUCAAAAUAACAAAAAGUCCCAAGUCUUUAUUGCCGCCCAAAACUCCUAUGACAAGGCCAGCGGUGCUUACACCGGGGAGAUCAGUGUUAACUGUUUGAAGGAUGUUGGCGCUACCUGGGUCAUCUUGGGUCACUCCGAAAGAAGAACCAUCCUCAAGGAAACCGAUGAAAUGGUUGCCAGCAAGACUAAGUUUGCUCUUGACAAUGGUGUCAAAGUGAUAUUGUGUAUCGGUGAAACUUUGGAAGAACGUAAGGCUGGAAUCACUUUGGAAGUAUGUGCUCGUCAAUUGGACGCCGUCUCCAGUAAGGUCAGUGACUGGUCCGAUGUCGUUGUUGCUUACGAACCAGUAUGGGCCAUCGGUACCGGUUUGGCUGCUACCCCAGAAGAUGCCGAAGAAACUCAUGUCGGUAUCAGAAAGCACUUGGCUUCCACCAUUGGUGCUGAACAAGCCGAAAAGGUUAGAAUCUUGUACGGUGGUUCCGUUAACGGUAAGAACGCCAACACUUUCAAGGACAAGGCCAACAUUGACGGGUUCUUGGUUGGUGGUGCCUCCUUGAAGCCAGAAUUCGUUGACAUUAUCAACUCCAGAGAAUAA